AUGCGUUCCAGUCGCACUCCACCGUGCCGGUAUGAGUUCGUUGAAAGAAAGACUGCAGUCGGGCACCGCACACCGGUCUGGCGAGGGCGCCACCGUGCGCAUCGAGUGGCCACCUGGGACAGCGAUGCCUACACUCUCGCGCAGCAGCCGCAGCGCGCUGGCUCGAGCGGCGUCUUAAGCCACUGCAGCAUUCUAGCCAAACCACUUGGCCAGGGAAUGCUGCCGGCAGCUGCCGCGAGGAUCGUGCUGCGGACCACACCGCUCCUGCUUCGGGCGUCCACCGCUCGCAUCCAUCGCGUCGCGCCGCCGAUCCGUCACCGGAAUUGGCCCCCACACGUCAAGCCCGGGCUCGUGCACACCGGGAUGAAGCAGUCGAACCUCUCCAAGUUCUUCGGCGGCGCCGCGGCAGCUCGCAAGGGCUCGGACGAGCCUGCAAGUGCCCAAGUCGAGAAAGAGAACGUGGGCGCGACGAACCGCAAAGCUAAGCGCGACGGCGAAGACCCCGAGGUGGCGAAACGACAGAAGGUGGUGGCGUCGCGCGACGGCGCCGAUGCGAGGGCGUCUCCGAUAGCGGAGCGCCCCGCCACGCUGGCACCGGCCCUGGAGGACAAGGAUGAGGCGCGGGGUGCGGGUCCAAGUGCUCGGAGCAAAAAGCAGGCGGUGGUUGAGUCCGACUCGGACUCUGAGCCCGCCAUGGACUCGAGCGACGAGUCGGAGGACGGCAUCGAGUUCACAGAUGACGACAGCGACGUGGAGCAGGUCGACCUCACGGGCCCGAAGGCGCCCGCCCUGGCGGCGGGGUCCAAGAAGUCAAAGGCCAAGAAGGGGUCCAAGUCGGGGCCCGCGGGGGGGCCCGCGACGCUCGCGGCCGCCUACCUCGGGGUCAAGGCCGGCGACGAGGUGACCUGGACGCGGGGGAAGCCCGUGCCGUACUCGGUGCUGACGAACGCGUUCGAGGACAUCGGCGAGACCACCAAGCGCAUCGAGAUCACGCAGAUACUGACCAAGGUCAUGCGCGUCAUCGCGGCGGGCAGCCCCGGCGACCUCCUGCCCGCAGCGUACCUCUGCACCAACCGGGUCGCCCCGGCGUACGAGGGCGUGGAGCUCGGCCUCGGGGACGCCACUCUGAUCAAGGCGCUGGCGGCCUGCACGGGCCGGAAGGAGGACAAGGUCAAGGCGGAGUACGGGGAGGUGGGGGACCUCGGCAGGAUGGCCGUCCAGGCGCGCGCGAAGCAGCGCGUCAUGUUCAAGCAGGCGUGCCUGACGGUGCCGGGGGUGUUCAAGGCGUUCAAAGACAUCGCCCUGAUCUCGGGGCAAGGGUCGCAGAAGCGCAAGGAGGCGGCGAUCAACAAGCUCCUCGCGGCGUCGGAGGGCGCCGAGGCCGGGUACAUCAUGCGCUCCCUGCAGGGAAAGCUUCGCAUCGGCCUCGCGGAGCAGACCGUCCUGGUGGCGCUCGCGCACGCGGCCACCAUGCACCACCUGGAGGCAGGGGGCAAGAAACUCAGCGUGGAGGAGCUGGCGGAGCGGUUGGUGGCGGCGGAGGAGCAGGUCAAGCGGUCGUACUCGGACUGCCCGUCGUACGACGUGCUGGUGCCGGCGCUGCUCGAGGGCGGCGUGGAGUGUCUGGCGGAGAAGGUGGCGUUCACGCCGGGGAUGCCGAUCAAGCCGAUGCUGGCCAAGGGCACCAACGGCGUGCAGCAGGUGCUGGACAAGUUCGAGGGGCGCGCGUUCACGUGCGAGUACAAGUACGACGGGGAGCGGGCGCAGGUCCACAUCAUGGAGGGGGGCAAGAAGAUCAAGAUAUUCUCGCGCAACGCCGAGGACGUCACGCAGCGCUACCCGGACGUCGUGGCGCGCGUGACGAAGGCGCUGGCGGAGGGCGUGCAGGACGUGGUGCUGGACUGCGAGGCGGUGGCGUACGACGUGGAGCAGCAGCGGAUCCUGCCGUUCCAGGUGCUGUCCACGCGCGGGCGGAAGGAGGUCAAGGUGGAGGACAUCAAGGUCCAGGUCUGCCUGUACGCGUUCGACUGCCUGUACCUCAACGGCAAAUCGCUCCUCCGCCAGCCUCUCAGCGAGCGGCGCGAGGCGCUGUACAAGGCGGUGGUCGAGGUGGAGAACGAGAUGAAGUGGGCGUCGUACAAGACGUCCACGGACGUCGAGGAGCUGGGGCGCUUCCUGGACGAGUCCAUCGAGGCGUGCACGGAGGGUUUGAUCGUGAAGACGCUGGACGACCCGUACGAGCCGAGCAAGCGGUCGAACAACUGGCUGAAGCUGAAGAAGGACUACCUGGACACGGGGGGGGACACGUACGACGUGGUGCCCGUGGGGGCGUGGUUCGGGAAGGGGAAGCGCACGGGCGUGUACGGCUCGUACCUGCUGGCGAUCUACGACCCGGACUCGGAGCGGUUCCAGACCAUUUGCAAGAUCGGCACGGGGUUCAGCGAGCAGCAGCUGGAGGACCUCGCCAACACGCUGAACGAGCACCUCAUCGACAAGCCGCGCCCGUUCUUCACGUACGGCGAGACGCUCGUCCCGGACGUGUGGUUCGACGCCAAGGUCGUGUGGGAGGUCAAGGCCGCCGACCUCUCCAUCUCCCCCGUGCACAAGGCCGCCAUCGGCCUCGAGGAUCCCGAGAAGGGCAUCUCCAUCAGGUUCCCGCGCCUGCUUCGCGUCCGGGACGACAAGGGGCCGGAGGACUCGACGAGUCCCGAGCAGAUCGUGGAGAUGUACAGGCAGCAGGCGACCCUCAAGGCUGGCAAGGCCCCGGAAGGCGGGGGCGACGACUACUAG